GUCGUGUCAGCGCAUGGAUAAGGACGAAAGCCGUCUAGUUGACGUCUAAAAAGAAUUUAACUUAUUACAACAUCAUAAACAAUUAAAGUUAAAUAGCUAUUUAUGUUACAUCGAAUGAAUAUUGGAAUUAGAAUGAAAAGAGCUUAUAGCGACGAUGGAUCCGAUUUUGGAGAAGAUGACACAAUGUAUAAAGAGAGCUCUCCGGAUCAAAGUUGCAGCGGUGGUCCAUCCCGGAAGAGGAGGAGAGGCAUUGUUGAAAAACGAAGGAGAGACAGAAUCAAUCAGUCGUUAAUCGAGCUGAAACGUUUAGUACCGGCCGCCUAUGAGAAACAGGGUUCGGCAAAAUUAGAAAAGGCAGAAAUACUUCAAAUGACUGUAGACCAUUUAAAAAUUUUGCAGCAGAAAGGAAUUACAGGAUACAACGCCGACCAAGCAACUAUGGCAAUAGACUACAGAACAAUCGGUUUCCGCGAAUGUGCAUCGGAGGCGGCUAGAUAUUUGGUGACUAUUGAAGGAAUGGAUAUUCAAAACCCUUUAAGGAUCCGCCUACUAUCCCACUUGGAAUCCUUUUGUGCGCAAAGAGAAGCGGCGGCUCGUGCUAGUUUACAACAGAAUCAAUGGCCGGCGUCAAUUUCAUACUCACAGCCCACCUAUCAGUACACGACGCCCAACUCUAGUCAGACAUAUCAGUCGGCUUGCGCUCCGCCUUCUCAAGAUUCGCAAAAUGGUAUAGGUACAACUCAAGACAAUGUACAUUCAUUAACUCCUCCCACUCUUCUUUCAAGUAAGCCAUAUAGGCCUUGGGGGGCGGAGUUAGCAUAUUAAUAAAGAUGAAAUUGGCGAGAACUAGUCGUUAUCUAUUUAUACGUAAUUUGUUUUAAACGUAUAUUUAUUUGUGAGAUGCACUAAUCGUAAAUAAAUCGAGAGAAGAGAGAAAAAGAACACGUGUAACUGAUCCGAAUCCCUUAUCGCUUGUCA